AUGUUCGACACCGUCUACACUGGCGUCUACCCCAUCAUGGAGUCCAAGUACCAGGACAAGCUGCAGAUCAUCUUCCGCCAGCAGAUCCAACCCUGGCACCCAUCCUCUACCCUGGUCCACGAAGCCGGUGCAGCCGUCCUGCAGACCGACUCCGAGAAGUUCUGGAAGUUCAGCAAAGCACUCUUCGAAAAGCAGACAGAGUUCUUCGACGUCAAUGUAGUUCACGAAGAGCGCAACAAGACUUACCGCCGGCUGGCGAAGAUCGCUGGUAGUGUCGGUCUGGAUGAGGAGACCAUCUACUCUAAGCUCGAGGUCGGAGACAAGCCGGAUAAGGAUGGAAACACCAACAUCGGUAAUCAGGUGACGAACGAUAUCAAGCUGAUGGUGAAGGCCAACCGCUUGACUGGUGUCCAUGUCACACCGACAGUGCUGUUCAACGGGGUGGUUGAAGGGGGGAUAUCCAGCAGCUUCUCCAAGGACGACUGGGAGCAGUGGCUGGACAAGAACAUCGUUUGA